UCGGGAAUAUUAUUUUUCUGCAAAGCGAUCAUUUCAGCGGAAAUACGUCAUUUGGCCGCCAUUGUUUUGGCGUCCUCGCCCCAGUAAAUCUAGUCGUAACAUUUGCACCGAACUUCUUGCAAUGCCUUCAUUUAAAGAAUUAACCACCUCUGAAUUGUCCACGUUAUUGAAAAAGAAUGGAGUGGAUAAUGAAGUCAUUGAAAAAUUUCAAGCUGCAGAGAUUGAUGGAGAACUCUUUCCAACACUAACUAGAGAAGAGUUUAGUGACAUGUUUAAGAAUCUCCGACAAAAGCGUGCUGCUAUUGCAAUUUGGUCCAAACUUUCUGGCAUGGUGUUUGAUUCCAAUGGAAAUCCAAUGGCUUCAGACUCUCCAGAGUUGAAAAAAAGGAAGAAGCACCAUGUUAUAAGCUCUUCUGACUCAUCUGAAACCGAUGAUGAUAGAAGUGCAAUAUUUUCUUUUGAUGGCAAUGCUGAAAAAGGGGACUUGUCGGAUAAUGGAACGGAGGCAAUAAAUGAUUCCAUUAAUUAUCCCAAGAUACGAUUGUUUUCUGCAGGCCUUGAUUGCAGUGUUAUGCCUAGGACGGAGUUAUGCAAAAUAGAAUUGCCUUGGUCCGUUGCUUCACCAGAAACGGUAGGUGGAAACUCGUGGGCAUAUUUUUCUGCCGUAUGUUGGUAUUAUGGAGUGCAGCUGUACAAGACAUUGAACUACUCAAUUGGCUUGAUCGCCACUAGUUUUGAAGGAAGUCCUAUAGAAUCAUGGUCCUCACAGGAUGCUCUUAAACAAUGUGGAUGGAUUAAGGAAUUUUUAUUUGCUCUACCGAAUUCGUAA